UAAAGUUUUAGCGCCUAGUUGUUCAAACAGCAGUAGCUCCAACAAAUCAAAAUGUACACAGAUAACUACAGCGAUGUUACUCCAAAAAGUCAGAAUCACGAUAUCAUCGAUCACUACUGGCCAAGUGCAACACUCAGCACAAACCGUGUGUGUGUUAGCUGGAGCGUAGCGGGAUGAUUUUUCUAACUUCCAGAUAAACGGCCGCCACACGAAAAUGACAGACUACGCUGAAGAACAAAGGAAUGAACUUGAAGCUAUAGAGUCCAUCUACCCAGACUCUUUCACAGUGCUUUCAGAUGACCCAACCAGCUUCACCAUCACUGUAACAUCAGAUGCAGAGGAAAAUGGUGAAACUGUGGAAGCAACACUGAAGUUCACAUAUGUAGAGAAAUACCCAGAUGAGCCUCCGCUGUGGGAGAUCCACUCCCAGGAGAACCUGGCGGACAGUGACUCGGUGGACAUCCUCACCUUACUGCAGCAACAGGCAGAAGAAAACCUGGGCAUGGUGAUGAUUUUCACCCUGGUGACAGCUGUUCAGGAGAAACUCAACGAAAUUGUGGAUGUGAUGAAACACAGACGCGAAGAGGAGAAGCGGCAGAAAGAGAGAGAGGCAGAGGAAGCAGAGAAGGUGGCAUUCCAGGGCACAGUGGUAACCAUUGAAAACUUCUUGGCAUGGAAAGCCAAGUUUGAGCUGGAGAUGGCCGAGCUGAGAAGAAAAAAACAGAAGGAGGAGGAGCAGGCAGGAAAACCCAAACUCACCGGUAAACAGCUGUUUGAGAGAGACCACAACCUGGAUACAUCGGACAUUCAGUUCCUUGAAGACGCUGGAAACAACGUUGAAGUGGACGAAUCACUGUUCCAGGACAUAGAGGACUUGGACUUGGAUGAGGACGACCCAGACUUUGACCCUUUAGAGAUGGGCAGUGAUGAGGACUAAAGCAGGAGUAGGACAGAGGACUGCUGAGGACUGACAGGACCUUACUACUCCUUUCUGGAUUCUGAUCAUCUGGCCAGACACAUUAAAAAGAUCCAACAGCUGCGUUUAUUUGCUGCAUUUAUUUUUUAAGGACUAUUAGAGAAGUUGGAUAGGAAAUUUUAAUAAUACAACAUAUACACCCUCAGGUUUCCAUUUCUAUGCCUGAACAAUUAAAUAUGGCUCUGGUGCUGUUUCGCUUGCAGGACAUCCCAGCGACAGGCACCUAAGUUGGCCAGAAGAGGGUAGUAAAGUAUCAAGUAUGGCCAGGGAGUGAAAGUAGUGUUCAGAUGCUUUGCUGAAGUUAACUAAUAUCCCCCAAUAUAUAAAUAUACUCAGUUACCAUUACAAGUAACAUUACAACAUUGAAACUUUUAUUUAGAUAAAAGUAAAGAACUAUUGCCAGCAAAAUUCACUAUCAACGUUCAUGAUUAAAAGCACUCAUUAUGAAGACUGGCUUGUUAAAGAGUUUUUUAUUGUAGUUCUAGCAUCUUUCUGGUGGAGGUUGUUUGAACAACUUUAUAUACUGUUAGGCUUUUGAAAAGUACAUCUACAUUAAUCAAUUAUAUUUGAUAAUCAUCCACAUCACAUUUUAUAGAUUGACCAUGUGAUUUGUAUGUAAACUUGUCAUUUGCAAAGUAGCUAGUAAUUAUAGCUAAGUAUUAGGUAGCAGAAGUAGUAAAACACGCAAAUACUCAUGCAAACGUAGGGCACAAGCUGACAUAUAAUUACCUGAUAAAUACUUGUGUGGCUACAAAUAUCAAUGCUAUUAUUUGAUUUAAUUCAUUUCUAUAGCCUACAAAUUAACAACAUAACAUACAUGUCAACAGACUUUACAGGCCCACAGCAGCAGUUCCUGUUCCAGCCCAAGCUCUGUGUCCAAAUCACUCCCUGUCUGUUCCCCAGGUAACCUUAUUUACACCGUUUUGACUGUCAGAAUUCUUAUUUUAAAAUGUACGCACCUCAUAGUACCCUUAGAAUUUGGUGUUCAUAACAUGUAAACUAUGUUUUGCUAAGAAUCACGCAAUGUUUCAUCUAUGAUAAAAAUGUAAAAACGAUACUUAUAUAUAACUACAACAGUCAGCAAAAAUGAUGUGUCUGAAACUGCAAUUUACUGCUCCCGACAGCGUAGAGAGGUGGGACAAAGGCAUUAUUUUGCAAGUCACAAGUGACUAAAAUUUUUUAAAAGGGUAACAGCACAGUACAUUUACAAAAAUAAUGAAUGUGUUUUGCUGUCUGUAUUGACAGUAUUUUUUUUGUAAAAUUUAUAACAUUUAAAAUCCACCUGAUCGGGUAUGUGUGUUACUCCUAUGACACAGUUACAAUCAUUUGUCAUAUCUGAGCUGAAUGUUUUUCAAGUGUCAAUCUGUUUUAGUUCACUCAGAUUCUUUAUAUUUGAAUGUGAUAGUUUGAGGUCUCAUCUGCAUCUGCAGCUCUGACAGACUUGCACUGACAAACACUCCUUUACCUCCCACUCUGCAACAUAAUGAACUAAAACUAAGCUAACUCAAACUAUAUCUGCUGUCAGGAAAACAAAGAGUUGUCAGAACAUCAUUUUGAAUCUUUGGGUGAAAGGAGGAUAUCAUUUCAUUCCAAGUCAAAAGGCUGAAGUCAAAUGAAGCCAUGAGUCAUUGGUGUAAUGUUAAAGUGUAGUUGCUGGUCGUUUUGAUUUUGUCAAGUCUGAAGUCAUCAGAUUCCUGACGAGCUGGACUCAGAAUCCAAGUCAUUUGACUCAAGUCCACUCCUCUGCAGUUUACCUUACAUUUCUAUGAAGGCUUGUAGAGACUGAGAAAUGUUUUCACCAUCAUUUUCAUGUUUUAACUCUGAUUUAUGUGACAAUGAAUAUAGACUCAUACUAUAUAUUUAGCAGCCAUAGAUGUCAUUCCAUAGAACAUACCAUGCUUUAACUCAUUUACUGCAAAUGAGAUAAGGUAUAUCAGGCCUUUCUUUUCACUAUAGUAUGAAACUUAACAUGCAUAGACUUUAAAACUACUUGAUGUAAUUCACUACAGUGAACAUAAAGCUUUAAAGAUUUUAA